AUGGCUGAAGAAGCCGAGGCGGUGCAUAAGAAUCUCCGUUCGGCCCUCUGGUUCAAAAUCGGCCAAAUCGUCGACGAUGAGAGUAUCGCCCUGGGUGUGAAUGCGACGCCGCAGUUCAUUGGAAGUCUGAUGGAGUUGGUCUGGGCGCAUAUCGGUAAUGUCGCUGUUGACCUCGAGGCUUUCGCCAAACAUGGCGGGAGAAGAACGAUCACGACGGACGAUGUCAUGCUGUUGACUCGACGGAAUGAAGGCCUGGAGCAGAUCCUCGAGAAGCAGCUCCAGAACCUUAAAGAAGAGAGGAAGGAGAGGGACAAGAAAAAGAACGUGAGGCAAAAUGAGUCUGAAUAUUGA